CGCGCGGGAGAGUCAGUCACAAACACAAACUGGGACCCAAUCAUCGCCAUAUCGACCACCAUCACACCGUCCUUGGUCGACGACACUCUUGAUACCUCUUUCUCCUCUAAUACUCUAUAACACACCAUAUCGAUACCUGCUUCAUACAUAAUACACACCCUCACAACACCCUCCCUCCACCUUCCCAUCCCUGGAUCGACCUACCCUCCAAGAUGCCAGUGACGACCGUCUUCGAGAUCGGUCCUGGCAAAUUCACCAUCGUCCUCUACCCUUCCCCCUCCCUCUCUUCCGGUUCCAGCAGCACGGCUACCCCCAAACCUUCUUUGACGACUUAUGGGACGACGAGGACGGCGACGAGGAGUAUCGACAAGAACGUCCAUCAGGUGUCGACGUCCAUCCCGGAAUCGGAUUAUUAUGGGUAUAAUUACACUUCCACCGUCGAUUACCUCACUACCGAUUCUAAUGGGGUGACGUUUACCGCUACGUCCACGACGACCGGGUAUAGCCCUUAUCCCACUUCCACCGGAGGGAAUGGGUACAAUUCUUCCGGACUUAUCGGGGCUACGACGAUCCUCUCUGGAGUGACCUACACGCUGGGGAUGGAACCGUAUACGUGGACGUCGAAUGGAGGGGUUUAUACGAGUGAGAGGGUCAUGAGGGUUCCUGUACAGACGGGGAGCGAGAGGGAGAUUACGGAGAAGAACAAGAGCAUCCUCACCCCGAUCAUAACCGCCGUAGUCCUAACGAUCGUCCUCGGUUUCCUCGCCUCCUUAGGGGGAUGCUGGUUCUACCGUCGAAGACGUCGACGCCUCCGAGCCUCGGCCGACGGGAAUGUACCGGGGACGCCGACCAGGGAAAAGGGUCUCCAAGGCAACAAUAGGAAUAGGAGCAGGAGCAAUGCGGAGAGGGAAAGGGGGAGGUUGAGUAGGUUGAACGUCGAUAUGGCUCAGGUUGGGCUGGGAUCGGGGACGUUGGGGAGCGGGAGGGGGUUGUUGUCCGCCUCGACCACAACUGCGCCGGGUGUCUCGGCGGGAACGACCUCGACAACGGCGCUCAACAGCACGCCCAGUCCGAGCCUGGGGAACGGUUCUGGUUCUGCUACGAAUUUUACCCGAAGACUGAGCGUGGACGAAGAGGAUGAGCCGAGGAUAGAGACCAUGUCGAUCGAGGAGGGGACCGUCACCCCGUUCACAUUGCCUGCCAUGAUGGCCAAUGCCGCCCUCGCCACCGGCACUCACCCGGAAACGACCCGGAACCGGACGCACAGUUUCUCUACGCUCUCGACGGACGACGACGCUUUCGCCGUGGACGGUGACUCCAUCGCGAGGACGUUGACGGGGAGCAGCCUGGGGUCUUCGAACGGACCGCCGGCUUACGAGGAGAUCGAGGGCGGGACGUACGAGAGGGCCAUGUUGAGCGGGAUGGACCCGAACUUUAGGUCGAGGUUGUCUCCUUCGCUCUCGAGGGGAUCUGGAUCGGCCUUGGCUUACCUCGAGCCUGCCUUUGGAACCGGCUCAAACUCUUCCGGCGGGCGUUCGACGUUGGUGCCUAGGGAUCCGUUUGCCGAUCCUCAACUACUCCGCCGCCCGACGCUUCAUCAUCAGUCUUCACAGUCCAGCUUGGCGGAAUCAACCCUCUCUUCGACUCCUUCCAGUAUGCUUCACCCGCCUGCCUCGGAAGGAGGGCAAUCUGAACGUUCGAACCCUCAGACAGAGGCUUCUUUCCAGCGGGGCGAUGAUCGGACUCUACACAUCGGCGACGAGUGGGCCAGGAUCGCCGCUAGGGCCAAUAACCAGGGCUUACCUGGUCUGACCGUUCGGAACGGGACCGGAUCGUUCCAAGGGUGGUCGGAUAGCGAGGUCGAGGAUUCGGAUGACGAGGGGACGAUCAUGGCGGGUUCGGACCGGGUGUUAGGGGACGACGAGAGUUGGGUGAACGGGAGCGAGUUUGGGAGGAGGACUCGGCAGAGGGAACGAGAUGGACAGGCUGGUCGGGCGACGAACCGGGAGGAAGAUGAUGACGAUGACGUCUUUGGGGACGCGCAUCGGGCUCAGUAACCAGGAAAAACAGGAGCGUCUUUUCUGAUAAUUUCUUCUC